GCCGUUGCCGUCGUUGUCGCGAGAAAAAAGAAAUUCUUCGCUUCUUAUCGUACAAAAAAUUCAAGGUCGUCGUAAAUCGCGAGGAGUCAGCGAAGGAAGGUGCAAACGAAUAACGACAAGGGGAAAAAGAGAAAAAUGUCGAAUGCCUCGGCAAGGAGUAGCAAGGAGAGCAGAACGGAAUCGGUCGCGAGAAGCUGGACGCCUAAGCCCGUUCUAGAUCCAGAAAUAACGAAAGAUCUUCCCUUGAUCGACGCUUACGUGGGCAUUCUGAAGGAGAAGAAGGACAUAUCCAAGGCGAUCGAAGCCAUAUCGAUCGUUUUGCCGGGUUUCGAUCACUUGAAACGUUGCUCGUCCAAUAAGAUCCUCCUGGCACCCGUGAAAUCUUUCGAUACGAACGACGACGUGCCGGUCCAGGAACGACUAAAGAUCUUUCUCGAGGAGAAAUCUUUCGAUCUCUCUCUCUUGGAAGACGAUUUGCGCGUCGUCAAAGUUCCAGGAAGAAACGCGAGGUCGAAGGCGCAGGCGGCUCGUGCGUCGAAGAUUUGGCCGUUAAAGUUUCAUCCCGAUCCUUUCCUCGAGGCGAUCGUCGACGGGUCGAUUUUCAACGAGGAUCAACUACGAGGAAUCGAUAAGUACAUGACGGUCGCCGUAACAGCGGCUAAAUUGGAGGCUGUCGGGGAUUCCAAUUGCAACGGCAGCGCCGUCAUCGUCGAUCCCGAGGACGGCGGUAAGGUCCUCGCGAUCGCCGCUUCGAAAAUGGACCGACAUCCGAUGUGGCACGCGUCGAUGUUGGCCGUCGACCUGGUCGCCAAAUUACACGGCGGGGGUGCUUGGAACUUGUGCGAGGAAGGAGGUGUCGGGCCCUCUCGAGUUAGCGACCGGAACUUCGAAGGAAGAAUGAAAACUAUCAAAAGAAAAUACGAGGAGGAGGCGCCGCUUUGUUAUCCGAGGACGUUGUCCAAGAUAGAAAUUCCUUCGGUGGGAUCCCUCGAAGCUAAAUGGAAGUUACAAGGUCGGCGAAAUAACGGUCCUAAAAGAGCUGACGCGAUCGCGGAGCCAAGUACGGGCGAAAAACGUGGUCCGUACUUGUGUACCGGCUGUUGGGUCUUCUUGCUGAAGGAACCGUGUCCGAUGUGCGCCAUGGCCCUCCUUCAUUCGAGAGCAGCGAGAAUAUUUUACGGCACGUCGAACGAGAGGACCGGUGUUCUAGGAUCCAAUGGGAUCUUGCACGCGGUUCCGGGACUGAAUCAUCGUUAUCGCGUUUGGAGUGGAAUAUUGGAAGGAAUCUGCGAGGAGGUCUCCAACGAAAUUCAACGAAGGAACGUCGAGAGCCCGUGAAUUGACGACGUCCGAUUCUUCUCCGAUUUCUUCCGGGGCGGGAUAUCUCGGACGUAUAGCCGUCGUCCGCCUUACCACCGAUUUACGAUCGCGAGAUCAAUAGCGAGAGCAAGUGGAAGAAGAACUUGGAAAAGAGACGCGUGAUCCGUGCGCUGAUCGUUAAGAGCAAUAAUAUGAGAGCGACCUUGGUACAUCGGUAUAAUUUCCAACGAUGCCUCCGAGUCCGCAGCAUCUGCUCCUAUUUCCUUCUUCGUACGAGCGUCGUUCGUACGUGCUACGUAUCGCGUUGACGCUCGCGCGCUCGCCUCUACGUACAACGACGCUUUGUACUUCCACGAUCGUGGAAAUUCUCCUUCUCCUCCUCCUCCUUCUCCUUUGUCUUUAGCUUCGUUUCGCUCGAACGGCCUCCGUCUUUGCAUACUUUGUUAAUAAAGUAACGAACGUGUCGAAGAAACACGAGAUAAAUCAUUUUCUUACGCCUUUCCACACGUUGGUACUUGCUUCCGCUUACAAGAUACAACGCUUACCACAAUCGUCGUAGUUCCAUGACACCCGCGCGAGUCGAAAUAAUUCAUCUCGACGGUGCGAUGUGGUAAUGCGAUUACGUGAUCCUUCUAAACGAAAUCCAUCGUAGAUACGGUGAGAAAAAAGUGAUGACGAAGGAACGUUAGAUCGAUGACGAAACGACUCGCCCGUUUCUAGUAUUUCUAGUGUUCACUACUUGCGCGUAUUCGUCGUUCCGUUAAGUCUCCCAUUCGAGUGUCGGCGAGAUUUUUAGGCGGAGACGGACGGACAGACGGACAGAAAGAGAGAGAGAGAGAGAGAGAGACAGCCGUAAUCUUUUCGACGCGGUCGUGUCCGCACGAUAGGCCUGUUCCACGAACGCUUUAAUUCUCGUGUAAGCGAACGGCGUGUACGAACAUACAUAGAAACGAUGACCCAUCGGAUUGACUCCAAUCAGCGAAAACGCGAGAGACGCGAGACGCGAUGGAAGUCGCAUCAUUCACGAUUCACCGACUACCGAUCGAUGUGCACGAGUAUGCCUUGCGGCGAAGGAGAAGAACGGAAAAUUUUUGAAGAUCGAACGAGAGUAGCGCACGCUGGUGCUUUUCGCCGAUCGACCGACCUUCUUCUCCUGCUCUAACGAAAUUCUAUUCUAUAGAUCGUUCGUCGACCAAAAGCAUUCUAGAUACCAUCGUCGUUUUCGAAGGAUUUGCUUUAGAAAAAGAGAUGGAAAACGCUCGAAGAAGUUGAGGAAGUGAAGAAGUGGGUCUCGCGAGCGAGUUCGAGCUCGAUAUCAGAGAUAACGUCUAGAGAGAGA